GAGAAAUGAGAACUAUAUUUUGAGACGGAGGGAGAUAUGAGACAAUUAUCACAUCAGUACUAUUGUAUGCUACAAAUGCCCACUUUUCUUUGCCUUUGUUACCCACCAUUAUUUAUUGCAUGAACGUUGAAAAACCUUCAUAUCCCUCGUGAGUUAUAAGCACCAAGAGCGUUGUUUAACCGCUCUUUCACAUUCCUCAUAUACAUAUGUCAUAUACUAAUGUUCUCUAAUGUCUUUCUAUAUAUAUACCCAUCUUAAAUCAAUAUCAUUCUCAUCUUUCCCUCCUUCGCUUUGAUAAUAUAUUCAUGAACUUUGAGGUCGCUAGAUCAGUUUACACUUGAGUCGAAAGCUAUCAGCCUAUCGAGGAAUUUUUCACUUUGUGAUUUUGAGGUCACGAGUUCAAUUUAUACGAAUAGUGAGUCACUUUACUACAUGAUACGAUAAAAUAUUACUUGUUUAUGAAGUAUGGGCCUCAAGUUACGUGAUGAACUAACCACCACACCACCAAAGCUCGCUCUCUCCUCCUUGUCUAGUCAUAAGCCACUAGCACCGGGGUCACCAUGGGCUUUGACGCCACCGUUGCAUCCAAUGGUGUCCAUUCCCUUUGAGUGGGAAGAGGCACCUGGGCGGCCCAGGCCCAAUAACAUAUCAAGCCCAUGUAAGCCCAAGAGCGUUAAGUGUUUAGAACUUCCUCCUAGGUUGUUGGUUGAGGCUAAAGUGGCCCAUAUGCCUGCAUCCCCAACUACUGUUUUAGAUGGGCCUCGAUCUGCCCGAUCCUUGUCUCAUAGGUUUUGCUUUGAGGGUCCAAGUCCAAAGACUAGUCCUGGUUUGGGCUUGGUUGCAAAUGAAAAUGAUAUGGGAAGAUCCAUUGGGCCUUGGAAGAGGUGGGCCAGUGGUAAUGGCGCAAAGUGGAACCUAGAGCUUAGCAAAGAAAAUUUUGAUCUUUCAUCAUGGGAAUAUAAUAUUAAUAAUGGGAGUAUAAGAUAUGACACGGAUACAGAUGUCGAGGUGAAAAUAACAAGGUUUAGUAGGAGAUCAAGGGGAAGUCUAUACAAGCUAUCACAAACAAGUUCUCGUGUACUAGAAAACUUAAUUAAACGUCUUAAGCAAAAAAUGGUUCGACGUCCGAAAGAAGAUAAGAAAAAGACUGAAGCACCAUAAAAUUUUAGAAAUUACAUAACUUUCAUGCAGAUUUUGAUUCACAUGUGAAAAGUUGUAUAAAUCUUAAGCUUAAAGACUUAUUACUCCUUUGGCUUCUUAAUCAUUGUGCUCCUGCCUUAUUUUCCUAAGGCCCUAAUUGUAAAGUCAUGAAGAAUUAUAUAGAAGUAGUAAAUUAUUAGUAUUGUAAA